AUGGAAAAAAAAGCAGUUUUGCUACCGGUAGUUGUGGUUAAAAGAUAUGAAGCAAGACUUCAAAGACAUAUGAGUGCUGUGUGUUUCUUGUUCACAGUGGACAGUGGGCAGGAAGACAAACUACAGCAAGAAAGGCUUAUAGGAGGGCUCAGGCUCAUAGCUCUGCUCCUUCUCACCAAUGUCAGCACUAUGUGUUCGAUGCACCCAAGUUUAUGCAGAGUCCCACGUUCAGUUUUUCUACUCAUUUUCUCAGGCACCUGCAUGUGGUAUCAGGAAGCAGUGCUUGUGACUGUAGAGAAGGGAAACUCUGUCUUGUUCAACUGUUCCCAGAAAUUUGCCAAUGCAGCAAAGAUUGACUUCACUUGGUAUAAAGAAGAAGCCAGCCAAAUGCGUAUUUGUGAAUUCGUUGUGGAGAACAAAACUGGGAAUAUGAGAAACUGCAAGACACGCCUGCUUGUCACUGGCUCACCAUGGCCAAUGCUGCUACUACAGGAUGUGAGGGUCAGUGACAGCGGGAGAUACACUUGUAAGACAGAAAAAAUCAUUCCACCGCCUCAUGUGGGGAUCACAAGUGAGACAAAUCUUUCUGUGGUGGGUCCUCCGGAUAUUACCCUGAAGUACACCUUCUUUAAUCACUCUUCAGACUGCGUACAGCUUUUAUGUAUUCUGGAGGACUUCUUCCCCUAUGAGGUGAAUGUAACCUGGUGGAGAGAUGAUUCGGGAGACAACCUGCAGAGUCUGUUCUCUGGUCAAACUGUUAUCAACGCAUCUCUUAACAUUUGCAAGCCCAACUGGAAAUCUGGUGAUGUGGUUUCUUGUUUAGUAAACCACUCUGCAUCUGCUUCAGUCAUGGGUAAAAAUGUCACUCUUUACCCUAAUAAAGACACACCAUGCUGUACAAAUCACUGGAUCUAUGUUGGUGCAAUCUGUGCAGGCGUCUCAUUUCUAAUUAUCCUGCUAAGCUACCCUGUAUUUAAAUGUAUUAAAGGCACUCAAUUGAAGUCUGAACCUCCGAACAUUAGUAUAUUUAAUAAUUUAGUAUAUGAGAACUAUCAGCAUAAUACAGCCAAUGAAAGCAAAGGAGGCAUCUCUGGAAAUGAGUCUAUUUAUGAGAACUAAGAACUUAGCUUGACUAACAUGUGAAGCGACCACAACGCACCGCCUGUCUAUGGAAAGAGACCGACACCAUUACUACAAUAUAAGUUUGUUUUUGUGCAACUGAAGCUUUUUUUUAGCUCCUUCCUGAUGUUUAUCUGCACCUAACAGUCAGAUAUGUGAAGCCCUCUGUGAUGCACAACAGACUGAAUGCUGGACCAUCAGCAUGGAGCCACUAGACUAGAGGUUUUUCACUACAGCCUGUCACUAUUGCCGUGCUCCAUGACAUUAAAAGGUGAAGUGGACAUUGGAAAGUAGCUGAAUGUCCUUUAAUUCAAAAUCUGUGACAACACUGUAAUGGGAUUACACCAAGCAGUAGGCAGUCUGGCACUGCAUCUGAUGUCAAAUAAACAAGUGAAGCUGCUUUUAACCAUGUGAACUAUUACAGUACAGUGAAAAGGGGAGUGCAUGAUGGGAGUUGAAGGAUGCUCUGCCUGCUUUCCAUGGCUAGCAUGUAUCCUGGAUGCAGUUUAAUGGCACGUAUACCAUUCUCAAGACAGGCUGAAGUAAAAAGCACACAAUUUGAAAGUUCUUCUGCAAUUAACAUUGGUGUGGCAAUUUCUGAAUAAGGUCAUGAAUAAAGCCAUGUGUUAAGAGUGUUACUGAACAUACAUACAGUAUGGCUUGACAAACUGCCUGAGCUUGUUCACCCAUUUCCAAGAAUCUGAUUACUCCAUGUAUUAUCGUAGUAUUUCCCUGUACUUACCCUUUAUCUGUUCUCUCAAGCGUAAGUGGUUCUCGUCAUGUUCGUUAUCGGGUUGGUCUACUGUUGCACUUUAAGAUGAACACACAUAUUCAUAGCUAUGCACAUACACACAGACCCUAACGAUGACAGUGUCCCAUGAAUGACACACACACGCUGAUUAACCUUUAGCACUUUAAACCACACAUCAGCCUGUCACUCAGCACUUCAAGAGACUUACUUAUU